UAUGUGUUGUCGACGUGAAACAAGUUUACUGCUGAAAAAGACGUUGCAUAUUAUGUCAAAUAAGAAUAGGUUUCUGUUGUUGUAUGGAUCACAGACUGGACAAGCCGAGGCCAUUGCUGAGGAAAUACAGGAAGAUGCUGAGAACCAUGGAUUGAAAGCCGAUCUAUUUUGCUUAAGUCAAACUGAGAAAAAGUUCAAUAUUGUUGACGAAAAAUGUGUAGUCUUUGUCGUCUCAACAACCGGAGAUGGUGAUCCACCAGAUAAUGCGACUAAAUUUUACAGACGAUUGAAAAAGAAGACUUUACCAAAUGAUCAUUUGAAGCAACUCAAAUACACACUCCUUGGUCUCGGAGAUAGUAACUAUUCAAACUUCUGCAAUAAUGGGAAGAAUUUUGAUAAAAGAUUGAACGACUUAGGGGGUCAAAGAUUUUACCCAUCAGGCUUUGCUGAUGAUGCUGUUGGGUUAGAAAUAGUGGUUGAACCAUGGAUAGAGGGACUGUGGAAGGCAUUGAGACAAGAAUUGAAGAUGGAUCAUAGUAACCAUGAUGAUGUACAAACUGAAAACCUUUCAAAGGAACUGGAAAAUAUUAAAUUGGUUGAAAAUGAACAAACUGACAGUUUAAUUGAAGUUUCUGAAACAGAAAGAACUAAAAGAAAUGAGACUGAGAUUGACGCAAUUAUUCCAAAUAAGGAAAUAUCAAAUAGCAACACAGUCAAUCAGAACCUUUUGAAUGAUCAGUCAGUUAACCAAUCAGGGAUUUCAUCUAAUACAACCAAUGAGGAAACUGUAAAUGAUCAGUCAGUUGACCAAUCACAGACCUCCUCUCAUAAAACAAAUCAGGAAACUCUCAAUAAUCAGUCAAAAGCAUCAAUAGAAAUUCAAAAUUUACAGGAAGCCAAUGAGAAAUAUGAAUCAGCUGUUGACGAUAAAAAGACAGAUACUGUAAACAGAGGGGAUGAUUCAGAUGUGAGCCAAGCAGAGACACCGAUCCCAUCUCUAAAAGUAUCCACACCACCCCUAUCUGAGAGUGGUCUGACCCUACCUCCAUCUCCACAUCCAUAUAUAGGCAUUCAGUACAUUUCAGAUGCAGCACUAGAUGUAUCAACAAUACCCUUACAAGGAGGUGCAAACUUCCCAUCAUGCAAUUCAGAGGUAGUCAUGGCAACCAUAAUGUCUGCUGAGAGAUUGACAAGUAGUGAUGCACUGAAGACAUGUUUGAGAAUUAAAUUGGAUAUUACAGGGACAAUUCUUUCUUACCAACCAGGUGACUCUAUUGGGAUUGUAUGCCCAAAUAUGGAAGAGGAGGUGGACUUCCUUAUUAGAAGACUGUCAAUUCUUGACGAAGCUGAUAAACCAAUCACAUUACAUGUUUUAAAGGACACCAAAAAGAAGAGGGCAUUAUUACCAGAAUAUAUACCUGCAGGAUGUUCAAUACGUCAUGCUAUAUUGACCUGUUUGGAUAUAAGAAACACACCUAAAAAGGCAUUACUAAGAAUGUUGGUAGACUACACGACAAAUACUGAUGAGAAACGUCGAUUACAAGAACUGUGCAGUCGACAAGGAGCGCAGGAUUACGAAAAAUGGAUACGAUGUUGCAGUCUGUCUAUUACUGAUAUAUUAGUUGCAUUCCCAUCGUGUAAUCCACCAAUAGAAAGACUGUUUGAGUUGUUACCACGGUUACAGCCAAGGCCAUACUCUGCUGCAAGUUCUCCACUUGCAGUCCCUGGGUGUUUGGAGUUUGCCUUCAACAUUGUUGAGAUACCUGCAGGAGACGACAGACAUUGCGAAAGACGUGGCGUGUGUACAGGGUGGUUGAAUAGAUUAACAUCUCAUUUACAAGACGAUACGAAAGUUGAGGACAAAAUACAGAUACCGAUAUUUUCGCGUACCAAUCAAUAUUUCCAUCUGCCGAGUGACGUCACAACUCCUAUCAUCAUGAUUGGUCCUGGUACGGGAGUCGCUCCAUUCAGAGGAUUUCUACAGCAUCGUCAGUACCAACGACAACAGACGCCAACUGAAGAAUUCGGGCAAACAUGGCUGUUGUUUGGCUGUCGUCAUAGAAACAAGGAUCACAUUUUCAGGACUGACUUGUCAGAGUUUGUAGACAAUGGUACCUUGUCUCGACUGUGUGUGUGUUUCUCACGUGAUAGAACAGAGGAUGAACCGCGUUAUGUUCAGGAUUUAAUGAGAAUACACCGUCAAGAAUUAGCUCAGCUAGUUAUUGAGAAAAAAGCUGUUGUUUAUGUUUGUGGUGAUGCAAAGCAUAUGGCGAAGGAUGUCAAAGAAACGUGGACACAGAUCAUAGCAGAUUAUUUACAUAUAAAAACAGAGGAUGCUGAGUCGGUUCUGAAAAAUAUACGAGAAGAGAAACGUUAUUUGGAGGACAUCUGGACAUAGACAGUAAACCGCUUGACCAUAUAUAGUAUUAUAUCUUCAGAAGAAAUCUGCAUUUCACCCUCAUCUUGCAUACCCCCCAUAAUAAUAAUGGAAUGAUCUAAACUAUGCAUGUGUUGCUGGAUGGGCGCGGUCAAGUCUAGUUUGGACAACAAUCAAAAUGUUUUGCUGAGUUGCAAGUCAUAUUGUUCAAAUAAUUUUUAGAAUGGAUGUAAGAUAAUUUUCAGUUGCACAUUUCUGUGUUCUUUG